AUGCCGCUGGUUUCGGAAACGAGUACACAUUACGAGUCUACACCAUUAUUGUCGUCACUGUCGUCCCAGUCUGCUUUCACAUCCCCGUCUACCUUGACAGCGACGCUGCCGUCCGCGUCGCCCCAUCCAUCACCCGACUCGACGAUGCGACGUGCCAGUAGCGACGCAGCCUUUCCCAGAGUCGUUUCGUAUUCUCGGCUCGAUUGUUGGUUGUCCGACAAUCCCGACGACGGUGCGGUAGAGGUCAAUCCGUACGCUCACACCAACCACAGCAAUAGUAGUAACGGCGGUAUGGGUACCGGAAUGGGAACGGGGAUCGGUACCAAUUCCAAAACCAACCUCCACACCAAUAACUCCAUCCACAGUACUGUUGUACAGGGACCAUCGAAAAGUCUCCAUCGCAAACGGACCCUUAGUAACGUUCCCCGGGUAGCACACGCGGCCUCGUACGGAAUUGCGGCUGUCACCGGGGACAGUCGACGGGUCUGGUUUCGUUUGGCCUGGAUUUGCCACUUUGGACUACUCGCAAUCGUCUUGUUGGUCAGUGUUCUCAACAAUCCAAAUUCCCGGUACGUGACCUAUACUUCGUUCAAUGACACCCCGACGAACGCUCUGUUUACCAGUAACACAAAAUCGUACUCACACGUCCAUCGCACCCUCGGACUUGGGGAUAGAAAAUAUGUACCGAUACACGCUUCCGACAGCUCGGGAACGGGCGAUUGUCAAAAGGCCUUUGUCAACGUCAUGGCGGACUCGCUACAGGAACCAGACGCCCUCAUUUGCUGUCGCAAUGACGGAUUCUUUACCGGUAUAUGUCCCUCCAAGUCCACGUCAUUACCCUUCGCGGGGAGACUCGCACAAUUCCCCGAAGCCUGGUUGCUUCCCUUAUUUCCUCUCUUAUUCCGAUUGCUCUUUAACCUUUACCACGCCAUAUUCAGUGGCAUGCCUGUGGAGUUUACCAUUUUUCGACGACUCGGCCUGUACGUCAUUCUCAUGAACAUUCGCGGAUGGGUACUCUACCUCGCCUUUAACGAAAUCGAAGAUUCCAUCGUCCGCGAAACGUCCCAGGCGUGCUGGUACCGUCCCUAUCUCGAUGAGGCGCAACCCGAUUGUUACGGUCGCGUAUUCGAUUUUUCCGAUCAUGUGGUGCUGUACUUUGCACAAAUCUUGCCCAUUGCCUGGCUGGAACUGCUCUACGCACUCUUGGAAAGCCCGUACUGGAAUUUUAAUCGAGUUCUGAACAUCUCAGCGACGCGCUACAAUACACUCGAUCCGUACUACUACGGCAGCGAGACACUGAUACCAACCUACCUGUAUCCCAGCUUUUUAGUACUCUCCAUGGCCUAUCUUUACUUCGUUACCUUUUUGGGAACCUACAAGACGGCCACCUACUUUCACACCGGACCGGAAGUUCUCGCCGGCUUCGUGGUCAGUCUGACUUUGCACGGACCGAUCUGUUACUUGCAAUGCAGCGAGCGAUGUCAACGCGUUCGGGACUACUUUUUUGGUUACCCCAAGGACGUUCGAUAAAAGACUUUGUUGUCGUUGUUGUGGACGGCCGCGCAACCUCAGCAUUGCUAGACACGGCCGUUGGGGAAACUAAUAGUGACACGGUGAACGUUGGCGUCGUGUUACGCUUUAAUACGUAUCUUUUAUAUGCU